CACACACACACACCCGCUCGCGCAGCGGAAACGCAGGCUAGGAGGAGCAAAGAUCGGAGGUGCGGAGAUUCUCCCUGAUACAGACCGUUCCUGUCCUCCUCCCUACACACACACACACACACAGUGUGAGGGGUAACAGCACCAGAGAAAGAGAGAGAGAGAGAGAAAGCAUCAGAUUGAAUGGAUAGAGGAGGAGGAUGAGGAGGACCUGAUUGAAACCACGGACGUCCCCUCCCGCACUCCAGUCCCAGGAGUGUCCACAUUCUUUCAGCAGCACUAAAUAUAGGCCGUCCGACACUGUUUUCCAAGACAAACCACAUCCCCCCCAUUAGCACUCAGACCUGCCAGUCUACCCUGCAGCCACUCAAGCCCUUGUAGAUUCCCAUCUGUUGCAGCGAGACAAAAAUAGUGGACAAAAAUCACAAAGCAGGACGUCGGAAAUGCCGUAUAACCAGGGCCGAGCGAAAGCCCGGGACCGGGGGAACGUCCUCGGACGCCUGGAGUUCAUGUCCCUCAACCAGCCACUGAGAAACAACAAUGGCAGCAGCGGCAGCAACAAUGACAACAACGGCCGUGGAGCUUCCAGAAGAGCCGCCAACCAAGGCAGGUACCACCAGAACCAGCAGGCCGAGCACCAGCCAGAACCCGGAGAACCUUCCAAGGAGCGCAAGGACCCGACGAGGCUGCCGGAGGAAGACUGCAUGCAGCUCAAUCCGUCCUUCAAAGGCAUCGCCAUCAACUCCCUCCUGGCCAUCGAUAUACACCUAUCCAAGCGUCUGGGGGUGUGUGUGAACACCACGUCGUCCUGGGGCAGCGUCCGCUCCGUCUUCACGCUCCUCGCCCUCACCGGACACGGGAUCACCUGGAUAUUCGGGACGCUGGUGUGCCUGACCCGGAGUAACACCCUGGCCGGACAGGAAGUCCUGGUCAAUCUGCUGCUGGCGCUCAUUCUGGACAUCCUGACAGUGGCCGGAGUUCAGAAACUGGUCAAGCGCAAAGGACCAUGGGAAAUGACUCCGGGCUUCUUGGACUAUGUGGCGAUGGACAUGUAUUCUUUCCCGGCGGCUCACGCCAGCAGGGCGGCGAUGGUGUCCAAGUUCCUCCUGUCCCACCUGGUGCUGGCGGUGCCGCUGAGGAUCCUGCUGGUGGUCUGGGCCUUCCUGGUGGGCCUGUCCCGGGUUCUGCUGGGCCGGAACCACGUCACGGACAUGGCGUGCGGCUUCGCGCUGGGGUUACUCCACUUCAGCCUGGUGGAGACGGUGUGGCUGUCCUCCAACGCCUGCCAAACACUCAUUUCUAUAGGAACGCUCAGCUGGAGCCCGUUUGGUUAAAGCGUACGCAACAACUUCUGGACUGAUAAUGUUCUUACAGGACCUGAAAUCUGCAGGCAGUCAGGAUUUAAUUCUGGUACAAUCUGAGAAAGGAGCAUCACGGGUAGUCAUUAAACUGCAGAUAAUUGAAGGCACCUAUGAUAAAGGCUGCAAAACCAGUUAAAACCAUGACAAUACUACCGUCACCAUGUUUUACAGAUGGGAUAAGGUUCUUAUGCUGGACAAAAAAAGGACAAAGGAGCAUCACAUGUAGUCAUUUAACUGCAGAUUUAAGAUUAAAGACAGAUGCAGCAAAACCGGCCAAAACCAUGACAAUACAACCGCCACCAUGUUUCAAAGAUGGGAUGAAGUUCUUAUGCUGGACAAAAAAAAGACAAAGACAAAGGAGCAUCACAGGAAGUCUUUUAACUAAAGAACUGCCCUGGCCCAGAUGCAGCAAAACGAUCCCAAACCAUGACAGUGCAACCGCCACCAUGUUUCACAGAUUUGAUAUGGUUCUAUUGCUGGACAAAAAAUGACAAAGAAGCAUCACUUUUAACUGACGAAAUUGUUGUUGGAUCUGUGAUGCAUGUAAUACAUGUGAUUGGGUGAAAUGGGUGCAGCAUUUAAGGUGGAACUACUGUAAUUGUGUAAUAAAAACUGCAGCAUUUAAGGUGGAACUGUUGUGAUUGCAGAAAUAUAUUGGCAGCAUUUAAUGUGGAACAAGUGUGAUUGGGUGAAAAUAGAUGCAGAUUUUAAGGUGGAACUGGUGUAAUUCUGUAAAAAUAGCUGCAGCAUUUAAGGCGGAACUAGUGUGAUUGCAACAAUAUAUUGGCAGCAUUUAAAGUGGAACUAGUGUGAUUGUGUGAAACAAACUGCAGCAUUUAAGGUGGAACUGGUGUGAUUGUGUGAAAACAGCUGCAGCAUUUAAGGUGGAACUAGUGUAAUUGCAACAAUAUAUUGACAGCAUUUAAAGUGGAACUGGUGUGAUUGUGUAAAAAUAGUUUCAGAUUUAAAGGUGGAACUAGUGUGAUUGCAUAAAUAUAAUGGCAGCAUUUAAAGUGGAAUUGGUGUCAUUCUGUGAAAAUAACUGCAAAUAUCUGCAUCAUUUAAGGUGGACCUAGUGUGACUGCAUACAUAUAUUGACAGCAUUUAGGGUGGAAUUGGUGUCAUUCUGUAUAAAUAACUGCAGUAUUUAAGGUGGAACUAGUGUGAUUGCUUUUUUUUUCUAAUCUCCUGAAACAUGAAAUACUUGAAGGCUGUUUUGACUGGAAAACUAAAAAUUAAGUGUGUUUUUGAUGUAAAACUAGAGGAAACAGUGAAAUGUGUGUGGCUGUAUUGGAUGAUGUUAAUGUAUUUCUCUUACGUUCCUCAGAAUUUGAAGAAGAUCUAAGUUGAAUAUGUUUAUUGUACAGUAUAUUUAUACAUUAUGAACUGUUCUGGAAGCACUGGAUGCUGCUAGAACACACACACACACACACACACACACACACACACUCAGCUUUAACACACUGAUCUAAACUAUGCAAUGGUUUCCAUACAAUAUCUGAAUCAGCAUGGGAAGGAACACUGUUUGUAAACUGUGUAAUUAUGCAUGUGAUUUUUUACUUUUAAACGCAUGUUACAGUAUUUUACUCAUGUUUAUUAUAUUUACUAUAUAUUGAGUUGUCUGUUGUUCAUUUAUUCUAAUUCAUAUGCACACCUUUAAUCAUAUUUACCUUACAUUACUUACAGAAAUGUUUAAAAUGUUUAAAAUUCUGUAUUAUUGUA